AUGGAACCUUCCACCGGUGAGGAUGUGAACGAAAGAGCCGGUGACAAUGUCACCUUCGCCGGAAAUGAAACUGAGGGAACAACGUCCAGUGAUGAAAAUAAUAUAAACAGACCUUCAAAUGAGGAUUUAACCCUCAACACCGCUGACAGCAACGAAGUAUUCACAAUAAAUGUAGAAAAUGAAGCGCCUGAGCGAUCUACAGAAAUUGAGCCAAAACGGAGUGGCGCGAGCGAAACUGAGAGGCAAAUAUCCGCCAGUAAGAUACUAUCAGCCCCCAGUUACCCGGCGUUUGCUGAUAUCAUAGAGAUGGAGACAGUCCAGAGGCUGAGUAAAUCGCACAUUUACGCAGGUGACGUGCUUGAGUUGGUGAAAUCGCGAGAUUUGACAAAGUUCUAUGAGGCUCAACAGGCAGUAGAACUUGUUCAGCCGACUACUGGAAAGUCUGAAAUGGCUCAUCUUCCUCUCCCAGAUAUCAUGAACAAGUUUGGUUUAGAGGAUACUGAACAGGGGUUAUCAGACUCCCAAGUGGUUCUAAACAGACAACUUUACGGUAGUAACAUACUAGACCUGGGUAAGAAGGACCCGAUUUGGAAGAUUUUCCUAUCUCAGUUCAAGAGUUUUGUGAUAAUUCUGCUUUUCAUAGCUGCAAUAGCGUCAAUAGCCCUGAAGAACUACGUUGAAGGCGCUUUUAUUAUUUUCAUUGUAACCCUAAACUCUAUAAUGGCUACAUAUAUGGAGAGAUCAGCAGCUAACGUUUUAGAGAAGUUGGCCCAGCUUUCAAGUCCAACCGCUAAAGUGAUUAGGAACAACGUUGAGGUUGAGAUUGACAGCACUGAAGUGGUUCCCGGUGACGUUUUACUGCUACAAACUGGAGAUACAAUUGUUGCAGAUAUGCGCAUGUUUGAGGUGAUGGAGGUCAGAAUCAACGAGUCACUGCUAACCGGAGAGUCUGUUGAUGUUAAGAAGACAGUCGUUGCAGAGGAUCUGGAUAGCCCGUUUAGUACUAACCUUUGCUUUGCAAGCACCAGUGUAGUUUCAGGCUUUGGGAAAGGAAUUGUAGUUAAUACGGGAAUGAAUACUCAGGUUGGUAAAAUAGCCAAACAGCUUAAAAAAGCCUCUGAAACCAGUAAAGUUACACCACUCCAAAGAGCUCUUAACAGGCUAGGAGGAACAAUUGGUAUCAUUUCUACAAUUGUUCUGAUUUCAAUUGUGAUUGUAGCAAUUUUCACAGGUUUUGAUGAUCCCACCAGGCCUAACACUAAUAGAACUCUGUCAAUUGUCCUUUUGGCCGUUGGAUUUGCAGCCUCAUCAAUCCCUGAAGGCCUGCCAAUGGUUGUCACAAUUUCACUGAGUUUAGGAGCUAAGGACAUGGCAAGAGAAAACGCAAAUGUGCUAAAACUGCCAGCAGUUGAGACGCUUGGAUGCUGCUCAGUGGUUUGCAGUGACAAAACCGGAACCCUGACCGAGGGCAAGAUGGUGACUACCGACAUCGUAAUUUUCUUCAACGUCAAGAGUGUAACCUCAGACAACUUGCUCAAAAGCAUAAUCAAAAACACUAAUUUCAGCCUCUUCGGAGCAACUGCAGCCAAUGUUAUCGCCGAACGCUUUUCAUUCUAUCCCACUUUCGGAUUUAGUCCUUUUGGCGGUGUUUUCAACCCCUGUGACCUCACAGACUCCUAUAAACGUAAAUUAAUCCAAUUGUAUAAGAAGAAAACUGAUUUCAACACCAUAGAUAAUAAUUUACUCUCACACUACUCCGCUAAAAAUAAAGUUGAUUUACAACCCAUGAGUAAAGAGCCUAGUCUUGAGGAUCAGUCGCAAGGAUCUGGAGAGUCAAGUUCCCAAGAAAGUUUACAAGCAGCUCCAGUUACAAGCCCUACAACUGAUAGCUACUUAAAGAGUGUGAUGGUCAGAUUGAACAUGUGCAUAGGGUAUUUAAACAGCUAUAACACCAAGUUGGUUUUGGACCAGAAUAACAAGUGGACGUGUGUGGGAAACAUGACAGAGAGUCCCUUAGUGGUUGCAGCAAACAAGUGUGGACUAAAGCCAGAGUUAUUGGACGAUUACCCGAGACUUGAAAAUCUAGAAGUUCCAUUCAAUUCAAAGAGAAAGUUGAGUAUAACAGUGCAUAAACUGAUGGUAGAAAACAAAUUUGAGGAGUUGGAGUUUCAGCAAAAGGGCAAGAAGUAUACCCAUGUGGCACUAGUUAAAGGUGCACCGGAUGUUCUGAGACCAUAUUGCAAAUACGUACCGAGUUUAGAUAACGGUGUUUUUGUCGAUUUCAAGUAUACCAUAAAUAGUGACGAGGACGGUGCUAACUCAGAUGACGUGGUGAUGUACAAUAAUGAUAAGUUGAGUAAUGAUAGUUUGAGAGUUAUUAUGCUGGGUUUAGUACCGUUAACAGAUGAGGAUAUUGCUUAUCUACAAAGCUUAGAUGAUUCAAUAUACAGACAGCAGUAUUUACUAUCAACUGCCAAUUUUGAUGUUACCACUUUACCACAUAACAGUGGUAAGAUAGUGUUGAUGGGCGUUACAGGUAGUUUUGACCCCCCAAGGCCUGGAGUUAAGGAGUCAAUUGAUACGUGUAAAAGUGCAGGAAUCAGAGUUAUCAUGAUUACGGGUGACCAGAAGAUAACAGCAAUAGCCAUAGCUAAGCAGAUUAACUUGAUCACCCCAGGUCCAGAUACUAAAGAUGACGAGUUGGGAUUGGAGUGUAAUAAGUUACACAUUAACGGCAACCCUGGCAUGGAUUACUUGCCAGAUGACCAAAUUGACCUGAUAACUUCAAAGUAUAGUGUGUUUUGCAGGGCCCAGCCUGAGGAUAAGGUAGCAAUUGUGACAUCUCUGAAAAGAAAGGGUGACAUCACAGCAAUGACAGGUGACGGAGUUAACGAUGCUGCAGCGCUUAAAACUGCUGAUAUUGGUGUGAGUAUGGGCAUAAACGGCACUGACGUGGCCAAAGGGGCCAGUGAGCUUGUUCUUCUGGACGAUAACUUCUGCACAAUCGUCAAAGCUGUCAGGGCUGGAAGGACCAUUUACAGCAAUAUUCAGAAGUUUGUCUCAUUUUUACUCGGAACAAAUAUCGGUGAAAUCGUAUACCUGACCACCAGUAUAAUAAUUAACACGUUACCACCAGUUGAAGCACUUCAGAUCCUAUUUUUGAACUUUCUAACUGAUGGAUGUCCUGCAGUAGCUUUGAGCCGUGAGCCCCCAGACUCUGACGCAAUGAAAAGGCCUCCCAGGAAGCCAAACACACCAAUCAUGACCACUGAGUGGUGGCUGGCUGGGAACCUACCUCACACUAUCUUUGAGGCUUUGGCAGUCAUUGCAUCAAUUCUGAUUGGUUUAUAUCUGUGUACUGGUGUGAUUACUCUCAAGGACUUGAAUGAUCGUUGUCGCUACGUUAAGGUUGACGAUUCAACGAAGAUGGUUUACUUUUGCAGCUCUCACGAGUAUUUAAUUACUCCAAAGUAUGUUGGAUGGGUCACAAACGUGGAUUAUUUCGACCCCGAGGAGCGUAAGAUGAAGUGUUUUCUGGGUGCAGCGAAGGGUAGAAUCGACGAUUUGAACGUUUCUAAUCCUGAUUUGCACCCAAAUUUGAGAGCAAAAUUGGAGAAUUUUGACCUUUCAAGUUUGGGAGGGAUGUCUGAUUUUGUCGAAAAGGACUCUCGAGGUUGGAUCAGAUCAAAUGGUAAGAAGGACGGAAGCAACUAUCACGGCGUUGGAGAAAUGGGUUACAAAGAUAUCGUGAGUAGAAAAUCCAAACAGGCUAGGACAAUUUCAUUUAUUACCGCAGUUUGGGCUGAGAUGCUAAGGGCCUACACUGUCAGGAGUUGGGACUACUUUUACAAUGUUUUUAACCGGAAUCCCUGGAUGCAUAUUGCCUGCAGUAUUUCUGCCACUGUCACGUUUGCUCUGACAGUUUUCCCUGGGCUUUCCACUGUUCUCCACGUCGUUUCGCUCACGUAUUGGCAGUACAUUCUCUCAAUUCUGCUUGCCUUCACCACUUUAAUUUUGGACGAAUUCCUCUCCAAAUUCAUCUACAGGCGUAUUAAGAAACGCAGAGCACUAAAAUCAGCUGAAUAA